CACACCUAAUCCGGUUGUCAUCAAGAAAGGUGGAGACAAUAAAUUACAUAUAGAUGUUUCAUGGGAAGGACUUGCAAUAGGAGAGAAAGACAAAGUCGUUACCAAACUUACGUGUUUCAGUACUGCUGUAACCAUCAAAGACUCUCCUCAGAAUCAUUUAUAUAGUGAUGGUAAGGCCACCUAUGAAGUAACCGUCAAUGAGAAAGGAAAACUCUAUAAAUUUCGUGUGGUUCAGCUCUCUGGGAAGGUUCAGAGAAAAGAUGAGGAGCCACUCUAUGACCCAAACUCAUUAGAAGUAAUGCGAUCGAUUCCUGGAACGCCAUUAAG